GAUAAACUCAAGCUUCUUGCAUUAGUUAGGACCUUAUUGAAUGGUCUUUUAGUUUUGUAAUGGGAUGUAUUUGCGCCACCGCUCGUACUCCAACCGCCGCCGUUGCCAACAACGAGCUCUUGGACUCCAGCAAGUCCACCCUUCAUCUCAUCUCUCAUCCUCCAUCGUCUUCCUCUUCUUUAUCCAAAAAGGAAGGAUCCUUCACAAGUCCCAGCUCCGCAGCUUCCAUCACCGUCGUGGCCAAUGGUUAUCCAGUGGCGCGUCGUCCCUCCACGUCAUCUGAUCGAAACGGUAACAAGCCAGUGGUCAUUGUGGGAGCUCGGAGCAGGAACCACUCCAGAAGAGUCACGGCUAUUCCCGUGGUGCAACAGUCAGGGCGUUUGACUCCAGAAUGGCCAUCUUGGCUAGCUUCUGUUGCUGGAGAAGCCAUCAAGGGAUGGGUUCCUCGCUACGCAGACUCAUAUGAGAAGUUAGACAAAAUUGGACAGGGGACUUACAGCAGCGUGUACAAAGCAAGAGACCUUGAAACGGGAAAGGUUGUGGCGAUGAAGAAAGUUAGGUUUGUGAAUAUGGAUCCAGAGAGUGUUAAGUUUAUGGCUAGGGAGAUUGUAAUUCUCCGUAAGCUUGAUCACCCUAACGUCAUGAAGCUUGAAGGUCUUGUCACAUCUAGACUCUCGGGUAGUCUCUACCUUGUCUUUGAGUACAUGGAACAUGACCUCGCAGGUCUAGCCGCAACUCCUGGAAUCAAAUUCUCUGAAACUCAGAUCAAGUGCUAUAUGCAACAACUGUUCCGUGGUCUAGAACAUUGCCACAGACGAGGCAUCCUCCACCGUGACAUCAAGGGAUCGAACCUCUUGAUUAACAACGAAGGUGUUCUGAAGAUUGGUGAUUUCGGUUUGGCGAAUUUUUACCGAGGUGAUGGAGACUUGCAGCUGACCAGCCGCGUUGUAACCUUAUGGUACAGAGCGCCAGAGCUGUUACUCGGUGCUACUGAGUAUGGACCAGCCAUAGACCUAUGGAGCGCAGGCUGCAUUCUCACUGAGCUCUUCGCCGGAAAGCCUAUUAUGCCAGGACGCACAGAAGUUGAGCAGAUGCACAAGAUCUUUAAGCUAUGUGGUUCACCUUCGGAAGAUUACUGGAAGAGAGCAACUCUGCCACUUGCAACAAGCUUUAAACCUAGUCACCCUUACAAGCCUCUUCUUGCGGAAACCUUCAAUCACUUCCCUGCAUCUGCUCUGACCCUCAUCAAAAGGCUACUGGCUAUAGAACCUGAGAGACGUGGCUCAGCUGCUUCUGCCUUGAGGAGUGAAUUCUUCACCACGGAGCCGCUCCCUGCUGAUCCAUCAAACUUACCUAGAUACCAACCAAGCAAGGAGCUUGACGCUAAGCUUCGCAACGAAGAAGCAAGAAAACUAAGGGCAGAGGAUAAGAAGAGAAGAAGGGGAGAGACUGUGACAAGAGGACAACCAAAAGAUGUUAAAACUGUUCAGACACCUGCGUUGAUGGCCGCAGGGCAGUCCAAGGUCACGUGCAUAAGCCACAAGUUUAAAACAGACGAGGAAGGUGGAACCGGGUUUAGGAUCGAACCACCUAGAAGAGGGGGAUCUCAGCAGAAUGGCUACGCUCAGGCUUCUUCAGUGGUUCACCCAAGUGUUGCUGAUACAGAAUGGAACAGAGGAGGAAGCAUCAAGAGGCAAACUAAUGCAGAUAUGAAGUCUAGGAUAGUACAGACAGGAAACUUGUCUGGUGGUUCCAAUAGAGAUUACUCAACAGGAAACGCGCCAAUGAAAAACAGAAUCAUUUACUCAGGACCACUGAUGCCUCCUGGUGGGAAUCUUGAAGAAAUGCUAAAAGAGCACGAGAAGCAGAUCCAACAAGCUGUCCGCAAAGCCCGUGUCGAAAAGUAUGGAUAAAAGAAGAACCAAGCAUUAGCAAGGUAGCGGCAGCAGCAGCAGCGUUACACCGAAGAAAUGAUCGGUAAACUAAAAGAGAGAGAGAGAUGAACAGGAAGAAGAAAUUUAAACAACAAUAACACAAGUUUUGAGGAUUCAUCAAGCCAUAGAAACUCAUAAGCGUUUUUGUGCUUGCCCCUUCUCUGCGUGA